UGGCUCUCGCCCUCCGUCGGGGAAGCAUGGGGCUGCCCAGGCUGGUCUGCGCCUUCUUGUUCGCUGCCUGCUGCUGCUGUCGCCGCGCUACGGGUGUGCCAGGAGAGGAAAGGCAGCCCGCACCCACGCCCGACCUGGUGGAGGUAGAAGUGGGCAGCACGGCCCUUCUGAAGUGUGGCCCCCCACAUUCCUCAGCCAACUUCAGCCAUGUGGAAUGGUUUUUGAUUCACAAGGAGAGGCCCAUCCUCAUUUUCCGAGUGCACCAGGGCAAGGGCCAGAGUGAGCCUGGCGAAUAUGAGCACCGUCUUAGCCUCCACGGCUCAGGGGCUACUCUGGCCCUGAGUCAGGUCACUCCCCAGGAUGAGCGAAUGUUCCUGUGUAAGAAGAGCCGGCAGCCACGGCUCCAGGAUCACUAUGUUGAGCUUCGAGUCUUCAAAGCCCCAGAGGAGCCAACCAUCCAAGCCAAUGCCGUGGGCAUCCACGUGGACAGGGAAGAACUUAGGGAGGUGGCUACCUGUGUGGGAAGAAAUGGCUACCCCAUUCCUCAAGUCAUCUGGUACAAGAAUGGUCGGCCUUUGCGGGAGGAGGAGAGCGGAAUUCAUAUCCAGUCAUCGCAGAUUGUGGAGUCCAGUGGCUUGUACACCUUGAAGAGUGUUCUGAAUGCACGGCUAGUUAAGGAGGACAAAGAUGCCCAGUUUUACUGUGAACUCAGCUACCGGCUACCCAGUGGGAACCACAUGAAGGAAUCUAAGGAGGUCACUGUCCCUGUUUUCUACCCUGCAGAAAAAGUGUGGGUGGAGGUUGAGCCUGUGGGACUGCUGAAGGAAGGAGAUUAUGUGAAGAUCAGGUGUCUGACUGACGGCAACCCUCAACCCGACUUCACUAUCAACAAGAAGAACCCCAGCACUGGGGAGAUGGAUGAGGAAAGCACAGAUGAAAAUGGGCUCCUAUCCUUGGAGCCUGCCCAGAAGCACCACAGUGGGCUCUACCAAUGUCAGAGCCUGGACCUGGAGACUAUGACCACACUGUCAAGUGACCCCCUGGAGCUGUUGGUCAACUAUGUGUCUGAUGUUCGAGUGAAUCCAACUGCCCCUGAAGUUCAGGAAGGGGAUAGCCUUACACUGACCUGUGAGGCAGAGAGCAACCAAGACCUUGAAUUUGAGUGGCUGAGAGCCAAGACAGGCCAGCUGCUGGGAAAGGGGCCCGUCCUCCAGCUAAACCACGUGAAAAGGGAAGCAGGGGGAAGAUAUCUCUGCAUGGCAUCUGUCCCCAGAGUUCCUGGCUUGAAUCAUACACAGCUGGUCAACGUGGGCAUUUUUGGGUCCCCGUGGAUGGCAUUAAAAGAGAGGAAGGUGUGGGUGCAAGAGAAUGCAGUGCUGAAUCUGUCUUGUGAAGCUUCAGGACAUCCUCAGCCCACCAUCUUCUGGAAUGUCAACGGCUCGGCAACUGAAUGGAACCCAGAUCCACAGACAGUAGUGAGCACCUUGAAUGUCCUUGUGACCCCGCAGCUUCUGGAGACAGGUGCAGAAUGCACAGCCUCCAACUCCCUGGGCUCGAAUACCACCAUCAUCGUUCUGAAACUGGUCACUUUAACCACCCUCACACCCGACUCCAGCCAAACCACUGGCCUCAGCACCCCCACAGUCAGUCCUCACACCAGAGCCAACAGCACCUCCACAGAGAAAAAGCUGCCACAGCCAGAGAGCAAAGGUGUGGUCAUCGUGGCUGUGAUCGUGUGCACCCUGGUGCUUGCUGUCCUGGGCGCUACACUCUAUUACUGCUACAAGAAGGGCAAACUGCCAUGUGGACGCUCAGGAAAACAAGAGAUCACGCUGCCCCCGACUCGUAAGAGUGAAUUUGUAGUUGAAGUUAAGUCAGAUAAGCUCCCAGAAGAGAUGGCUCUCCUUCAGGGCAGCAACGGUGACAAGAGGGCUCCAGGAGACCAGGGAGAGAAGUACAUCGAUCUGAGGCAUUAGCUGACUCACCAGUGUUUCCGGCCCCUGCUCAGUCUUCACCUCAAGGACAGUGUGUGUGUGUGUGUGUGUGGGGGGGGGGGUGAAUCCUCACUCAAUUUCCCUGCAGACCGGGUCCAGAGAGCUAAGAGCUGGGACAAGAGUCAUCUGGAGGAUCUCACUUGGCCAUGGAGGCCUGGUUUUAGAGACCAAGUCCUCCUCUGUGUCCACUAAACGAUGCUUAUCCCAAGGGGCCUGUCUCCCAGGGUUUUCUUUUCCCUCCCUUACACAGCCAGUGGUUGGACAUCCUUCUCCUGCCGUCAGCGGUGUGGGCCUGCCUCUCUGAGCUUAUCCCCCCUCACAGGCUGUCUUUGUGUUAGCUGUAUCACAUGAUACAGGACCUGGGCACAUGGUCACAUUAUUCGGUUCACAUUGGUCCUCCCGAGAACCUCACAGUCCGGGGGUGGCUACUUUUGUACCUUCCUGCCUGCUACUAACUCAGGGUCUCAUUUGGAACAUUUUUCCUUUGGGUGAAGUCAGGAACAGGUGUUAGGCCUUCAGACACAUCCCCGAGGAAGGAAGCUUGGCACUCUUUCUGAUUUUUGUUGUUUUGUUUUCUUUGAAGGCUACUGAGCCCAUGCUUCCCGCACUCCCUUAGUGGGUAAUGGGAAAUGGAAAGAUGAGAGACAGGAUAGAGAGGUCUACUGUUCACAGGGAUCAGGCUUCUAGGUAUGUUAGUACCAAAUUUCUACAUGUGAGCUUUGGGGCCUAGGUCCUAAGAGAGCCCAAGUGGGAGAAUGGGACUUAGGAGAUAAAAACCUGGCCUGGCAGAAGCUUUUGAGGUAUGUGUGUAUCUGUGUGUAUGUGUGUGUGUGUAUGUAUAUACAUAUAUAUGUAUAUGUGAUUUUGUCUGUAAAUUUGCAAAUUAUUUCCUUUUAUAUGUGUGUUAGAAAAAUAAAGAGUUAUUGUCCC